AUGUAUGGACGGCGUAGGGGUGCCGUUUUGGUGGCGUGCCAAGAGACAUUCCGAAGCUAUUGCAUCGGUGUUCAUCACCUCGAAGUCGAUCCAGCGAAGACAAGUUCAGCAGUGACAUACCCCCGAAAAUGGCUGAGCCAUUCGGGCGCGUUAGGUUUGGCACGUUGGUUAGUACAAGUACACUUGAAGCGUAGUCCUAAGGCAUUACGGGGCAUGAACUUCAUUGCGAAGCAUUUCUUCGAGUAUCAGUCGUUCGUCAAUAUGCCUCACAAAGCUGUUCAACUACACAAGACGCCGCCGUCUCAAGCUGGAGCAGAUCCUUCAGUGGGCUGGGCUCCGAAGAAUAUGCACAAAGCCGGUAAGAACCAACCGGCUCCAGCAGCACGAGCGAAUCGAAUUCAUCGAGAUCCCCGUCCCAACGGAACGAAACACGGGCGAGCAGCAAAGCAUGAACACCGGGAAUGGGGUGACCGACACGGUGAACUCAAAGAAGAAAAAGUAGCACCUCACAAAGAUGCUUGGACAAAGUUCCUGUCGAACGAGGAUCCAGGCCAGAGGACCGUGUUCGAUUGCGAUCUCGAGGAUCGAGUUCUGGCGGUUCGUUCAACAAUGACUCGAAUAUCUCCAUUUUUCAGCACAUCAUCAAAACCUUCAUCCUCAUCCGUAUCCUCAUCACUUAGCUCAUCAUCUGGUGACGCCUCCUUUUCUGAAUCCUUUCUUUUUCACGUGACACCGUCGAAACUCGAUCGAUGUCAUAUUGUCAUUGAGAUGUUCGAUCACGAUUCGAACGGUCAACCGAUGUCCGUUGGCCAUUGUGUGAUCGGUCGUAUGGGUGACAUCACGGGUCAUGCGCAUUGGAUUCAAAUGCUCAAGAAGCACGGUAUGCCAGUAUGUAUGUGGCACCGAAUCGGCGUCAACUAG